AAAAUUCUCAGCCAAUUUGAACCUCAAAAAACAACAAACAUUUUUGCUCCAGGAUUUCCCAUAUUUUGGGACCCACGUUAAAUGCAACUCUCCUCGCAGUCUUUCCAUGGCUUUCCCUUCAUUUUCUAACGUAAAAAACUAAUCUUUCCACUCUAUAAGUUGCCAAUAAUCCUGUUGCAUUCUUAUUCAUGUUCUUUCAGUGAAAACUCUUAUCUGUUUGUUGCUAAAGCCAGAAAUUUUUUUCUUGGUUUCUGGGUCAUUCCCUUUUCCCAAAUUAUCUUCUAAUUGCUAAAGGGAAAACCUUUUCUUGGUCUUUUUGGUUUAUCUUGAGACGUAGUUUCUAGCACAAAUGGCUUCCAUUGUUGGUUCUUCACCUUUUGUCUUUGAAAGAAAAGGAGAAAGUAGACCCCUUUUAGCUUUCACCACUUUUAGGCCAAGAAAGAUUCAAAUUUUGGCUGUUUUGAAUGGUUCAAUAUGUGGAGUUUCUUUGUUCUACGAUAAAGGGCAGCUUUGGAGGUUUAAGCCUUUGAGACUAGCUGGUUCUUUGGAUGGUGUAGGUGGCGCUGGUCGUGGCUCAGGGGAUGCACUUCAGGCUACAAUUGAGAAGAGCAAGAAGGUUCUUGCCAUGCAAAGAGACCUACUUCAACAGAUUGCAGAAAGGAGGAAAUUAGUUUCAUCCAUAAAAAGUAGCGUUACUGACCAAGACCAAGAUGAAGAUUUUCAUGAACAGAGGGAUAAUGCUUUUCCUAAUGCAAAUCUUGCUUCAAGCAGCUCUGACAGAAUGGAUGAAGGCAAAAAUGGCAGAAUACUUUCAAGCAGUCAUGUUAAUUCAACUAUGAGGCACAUAUCAGAGAUCCUACCUUCAGAUGAAGUUGGAGAAGAACCCGAACUACACUUGCCUCGAGAAGAGGCUUCCUCCAAUAUAGGUCCUAACAAACAGUUAAAAACCACUGAUUCUAAAGCAUUUAAGUCUGAUGUGCUUCCUUCUUAUCUCUCAAGUUCCUCAGAUGCUGCCCAACUUACAGUUGAAGAGAAUGAAAAUCUGACCGAAGGAGGUUUGGAAGAGGUUAAUGAUGAGGUAGAUGAUCCUCCAAUUGAAGAUGAAAAUCCCCCAGCACCAGCCGGUGUAAAUGUCAUGAAUAUUAUAUUAGUAGCUGCAGAAUGUGCUCCAUGGUCAAAAACAGGUGGCCUUGGAGAUGUUGCCGGUUCUUUACCUAAGGCUUUGGCUAGACGUGGACACAGGGUUAUGGUUGUGGCACCUCGGUAUGCUGAUUGUGCUGAACCUCAUGAUACAGGAGUUCGAAAGAAGUAUAAAGUGGAUGGUCAUGAUACGGAAGUAUCAUACUUCCAAGCCUAUAUUGAUGGUGUGGAUUUUGUUUUCGUGGAUAGUCCUGUUUUUCACCAUAUGCAGAAUAACAUAUAUGGAGGAAACCGACUGGAUAUUUUGAAGCGCAUGGUAUUGUUUUGCAAGGCAGCUGUUGAGGUUCCUUGGCAUGUUCCAUGUGGGGGUGUCUGUUAUGGAGAUGGAAAUCUGGUUUUCAUUGCUAAUGAUUGGCAUACUGCCUUGUUGCCAGUGUACUUGAAGGCAUAUUAUCGGGACAAGGGUUUGAUGCCCUUCACUAGAUCCGUUCUCGUUAUACAUAAUAUUGCUCACCAGGGUCGGGGGCCUGUGGAUGAUUUCUACCAUGCGGAUCUACCAGAACACUACAUGGACCUUUUCAAGUUAUAUGACCCCAUUGGAGGUGAUCACUUCAAUAUCUUUGCAGCAGGUCUAAAGACAGCUGACAGAGUGGUCACUGUUAGUCAUGGAUAUGCUUGGGAGCUUAAAACUUCUGAAGGUGGUUGGGGCUUGCAUGGGAUCAUAAAUGAAAGUGACUGGAAAUUGAGGGGAAUAGUUAAUGGAAUUGAUGCCACAGACUGGAAUCCACAGUAUGAUGUUCACCUCAAAUCAGAUGGUUAUACUAAUUACUCCCUAGAAACACUGCAAACCGGCAAGGCUCAGUGCAAGGCAGCCUUACAAAAGGAGCUUGGGCUGCCUGUUCGUAAAGAUGUCCCAGUGAUUGGUUUUAUUGGGAGAUUGGAUCACCAAAAAGGUGUUGACUUAAUUGCUGAGGCGAUUCCGUGGAUGAUGGGCCAGGAUGUGCAAUUAAUCAUGUUAGGCACUGGCAGACCUGACUUGGAACAGAUGCUUAGGCAGUUUGAAAACCAACAUCGUGACAAAGUCAGGGGAUGGGUUGGGUUUUCCGUAAAGACAGCUCAUCGUAUAACGGCAGGGGCUGAUAUUUUACUCAUGCCAUCAAGAUUUGAACCCUGUGGACUGAAUCAACUUUAUGCCAUGAGCUAUGGGACAAUUCCAGUUGUUCACGCUGUUGGUGGAUUGAGGGACACUGUGCAGCCUUUCAAUCCAUAUGAAGAGUCAGGGCUUGGUUGGACAUUUGAUAGUGCUGAUGCAAAUAAGUUGAUACAUGCAUUAGGAAACUGCUUAUUGACUUAUCGCCAGUAUAAAAAGAGUUGGGAAGGGCUCCAAAGACGGGGUAUGAUGCAAGACCUCAGCUGGGACAAUGUUGCGCAGAAGUAUGAGGAGGUCCUUCUUGCUGCCAAAUACCAAUGGUGAGCUGUUUGUUCUCAAUGAGCCGUCUAUAAUUUUGACCAUUUAUUGCUAGCUGAGUAAGUUGACAUGGUGGAAAUCCUGUUUCGAAGAUGCUAAAAUUGUUGAUAAAUAGCAUUUAACAUUUUACCCUUUUUCUUCUUUUCAAUUUUAUGUGUUCAAAGGUUAGUGGAAAGCUGAAUAUUCCAAUUGCUGAAAGUGUUCUAAUGAUCCUUGUUGCUUUGAUUCAAAACCUAUUUAACAUGAGGAAUGUGUUGUUUUCCUCUUUCGUAUAUUAACUUGCAAAGGUGCAAGAUCUUGAGUUGAUGCAUUCCCACAACUUAUUCAGAGGCAUUUGCACAGGUAAACGGAUUCCAUUAACCCACCGUAGGCUGAUGUAUACAAUUUUGGGGUUUUGAAUGAUGUUUGGCAGAACACCGUAGGCGUCAAUAUACACAACUUUGUUCUUGAGCAAGGCAGAGUUGAGAUGAUAA